GAAUUUCACCAUGAAAUUCACCACCGUCCUCCCGCUCGCCGGCCUCGCCGGCGCCAGCAACCUCACCAAGGGCUGCACCGUGCUGAAAGGCGCCCUGGACGAGGUCUACCUGCCCAGCACGACGGUGUACGAGUACGAGGCGCAGAACUUCUGGUCCAACACCGAGAUCAUGGCGCCCGGGUGCGUGUUCCGGCCGCAGUCGAGCGCGCAGCUGGCGCGGGGCAUUGACAAGCUGGUGGCGGCGCAGGCCGAGUUCGCCGUGCGCGGUGGUGGCCACAUGGGCAUUCGGGGAUCCAACAACAUCGACGACGGCGUGCUGAUCGUCAUGUCGAACCUGACCACCCUGGAGUUGAACGCCGAUCAGUCGCUGCUGCACAUGGGUCCUGGCUUCCGCUGGCAAGAAGUCUACGACUACCUGGAACCUUACAGCCUCACCGUCCCCGGAGGCCGUCUCGGCCCCGUCGGCGUGCCGGGCCUGCUCCUGGCCGGCGGCGUAAACUACUACGGCAACCAGGUCGGGUUCUCCUGCGACUCGGUGAUCAACUACGAGGUCGUGCUGGCCAACGGCACCAUCGUCGAGGCCAACGCCACCUCGCACGCGGACCUCUUCUGGGCCCUGAAGGGCGGCAGCAGCAACUUCGGCAUCGUGACGCGCUUCGAUAUCGAGACCAUCGCCUCCACCCAGGUGUGGGCGGGCACCUGGACGGUGGCGGAGGAGUAUAUCCCUGAUUUCUUGGCCGCAACGGCUGCGUUUGCCGCCAACAACACCGACCCCAAGACCCACGUGGUGCCCGCCGUGGUUCCCUCCGAGGACUCGGCAGUGGCCUCGGUGAUUCUGUUCUACGACAGCCCCGACGUCAGCUACCCCGACGCGCUCAAGGUGUUCACCGAUAUCCCGGCCGUGUCGAACACGAUGGCCUUCAAGACCGUGGCGGAGAUGGCCGUCGAGAUGGGUGAGGUGGUCACGCCGCACAUCAACGACAUCUUCGUGGCCGGCACUAUCAAAGCGACAACCUACGACUCCCUCCUAGAGGGUGUGCAAAUCAUCAACGCGACCUUCGCCGCCCAACUCCCCAAGCUCUACGCCCAAAUCCCGAGCGCCAACAUCUCCAUCAUCGAGCUGGACUGGCAGCCCAUCGGCGCCAACUGGAUCAACGCCUCCACCGCCCGCGGCGGCAACGCGCUGGGCCUCGACGCCACCCAGAACUACCUGUGCUACGCCGAGGUGGUCGAGUGGAUUGGCAGCGAGUACGACUCCAUCGUCGGCGAGUGGGUCGUCGAGACGACCGAGUUGAUUAACAACGCUACCGAUGCGGCCGGGUUGUAUGAUCCCUUCAACUACAUGGGUGAUGCGGCGUGGUUCCAGGAGAUUUACUCGGGCUAUGGGAGUGAGAAUCUGGAGAAGUUGAAGGAGAUUGCCAGUGCUUAUGAUCCUGAGGGGGUGUUUCAGACGUUGAUGCCCGGUGGGUAUAAGCUUUUCUGAGCGUAUCCUAUUCUAGGGGUACUACGGGGGUGAUCAUGACGAUGUUAGAAAGGGGGCUGGCUGGGGAUAGAUGUAAUAUGGACUGUAUGUAUUAAUGAAUAUGAAUUGCCAU